AUGGCCCAGCCGCUCUCCGUCUUCCUGACAACAUUCAACACGGGUCUGCAGGGAUCCAAAGCCCAGGAGCAGGAUCUCUCUAGCUGGCUCAUCCCAGGCCUGCAAAAUGCCGAGCUCGCGCCAUAUGGCGCCACGCCAGACAUCUACGCCGUGGCCGUGCAGGAGCUGCUGCCACUUCACCUGGCUUUCUCCGGCCUCUCUGGCCCAGUGCUCAACACGCUGAGCCACCGGAUGGAGAACAUCCUGUCGCAGCACGCCACAUCGCUGAGCAAGGACGGCUCGCCAGACACAUACCACGCCGUGGCCAAGAUUGCGCACGUCGGCGUCGCGCUGUGGGUGUUUGCGCGUGACAAGACGACGGCGGGCAGGCUCGGCCGUGCCGAGACGUCGAGCGUCGGUCUGUGGCGCUUCGGCCUGGGCAACAAGGCGGCCGUCGGUGUCCGGCUGCCGGUGCAGCGCGGCGCCAACGGCGGCGGAUGGGAGACUCUGACUUUUGUCUCGACCCAUCUCGAGGCGCACGACCACAACAUUGGUCUCCGGAACGAGCAAUACGAGAAGAUCCUCUCGUCGCUCAUCUUCACGCCGCAGGAUGGCUCGCACCAGCGCCUGCAGCCGUUCCACACGUCGCACCUGUUCAUCAUGGGCGACCUGAACUACCGCCUGAGCCGGUUGCCGCGCUCGACGUCGCCGGGGCAGGAGAACGGCGAGGGCCGCGACGCGGUCAAGCUGCAGAAGGAGCGCGCCGACUGCGUCGCGUACGACACGCUCAAGAAGGAGCAGUCGAUGGGGCGCGCGUUCGGCUUCCUCCGCGAGGGCGACCUGACGGGCUUUGCGCCCACGUACAAGCGUAUCCCCAACGAGGUCGAGGGCUACAGCAAGAAGCGUAUCCCCGGCUGGACGGACCGCAUCUUCUUCUCGUCGCACACGGACCCCGUCGAGCUGUACGAGCCCAACACGCCGGCGUACCUCGCGCCCGCGACCACGACGCAGAUUAUCCAGUUUGACUCGUCGCCCGAGGUCGUGUUUUCCGACCACAAGCCAGUCCACGCCGUGCUCAUCCUCCCGCCCGUCCAGCACAACGCCCAGUCGCCCCUCGUCGCGCCCGUCAUCCCCGAGCCCCCGUCAAACAGGUACCGCGUGCGCCCGCAGGCCAUCCCCGAGGACCAGCGCCGGCGCGAGGCCAUCAUCGGCCACGUCCUCGACCGCCUCAUCGGCUUCCCGUGGCUCCUCAUUGUCAUCCUCGGCUUUGGCAACGUCAAGCACGGCGGCGGCGUCGCCGCGUUCCUCAUCCUCGCGUACAACCUGUACCGCACGGGCAUCUUCAUGGGCGCUGCGUCCCCUUAG